UCAAUAUCAUGCACUCCGUCAGUACGAUUUCGGACAUGUCCCAGCGAGCAGUUGUAAGUUAGCUCGUGCGGUGGAUGCAGAAACGAUUGUCGACGGACUUUCCGAUCGUAUAAACCAUACAACCUUGCUGCAUACUCAACUGGCCCAACCGUGUCCUACACGCGGUAAUAAAGUUUAUCGUUAGUCUACUAAUCCAAGCCUCUGAAAGUCACGAACAAAUACCUACGAGCUGCCACUAACAUAUGUGUACAAAUCGUCGACCGUGACAAACUUCUGGUCAGAAUUGUGUUAAUUUAAAUUAUCUCACACACUGUUAUUAAUUAUUGCUAGUGUAGUACAUUUCAAAUGGAACCAGUUACCGUUAAAAUUGAUCCGCCAGAACAAAACGUCGAAAAAGGCAAAACCGAACAGGCCAUCCGCCCGCAAUGGACCGGUUCCAGCAAGUCCGAUGUGAACAACUACAUUUUUGGCAACAUGAAGGCCAGCCUCACGGAUGUCCCAACGCAAACGGCGGCCGGUUCUACGCUACCGCUAGUUGGCAUGCCCAGAGAUGACGAAGAGGCAGCGUGCUACAACCCGUUUGAAAAUCGGAAACUGACUCACCCCACCUCGGAUGUUGACACGUUGAUACAUCUGCUGAAAGGAUCGCUCGGGUCCGGUAUCCUUGCGAUGCCACUGGCGUUCGUGAAUGCCGGCCUAUGGUUUGGAUUGGGAGCUACGAUAGCUAUUGGUGCCAUCUGUACCUACUGUAUUCAUAUUCUAGUGAAGUGUUCGCACGUGUUGUGUCGGAGGGCGCAGAUUCCGUCGCUGUGUUUUGCGGAUGUGGCCGAAACAGCAUUCCUCGCUGGACCAGAGGGCAUUAAAAAGUACUCCCGGUUGGCGAGAUUCAUCAUUAACCUGUUUCUAGUGCUGGAUCUGCUGGGCUGUUGCUGCAUCUACAACGUAUUCGUCGCUAGCAAUAUCAAACAGGUGGUGGAUUACUACACACACAGUCAUCUUGAUGUCCGGUAUUACAUUGUGCUUUUAUUGGUACCGCUGAUUUUUAUCAAUUUGAUCAGGAAACUGAAAUAUCUGACGCCAUUCUCGAUGAUCGCCAACAUUCUGAUUGGAACGGGCGUCGGUAUCACUUUGUAUUACAUAGUCCAGGACUUGCCAUCGUUCUCGGAAAGGCAAAUUAUCGCGGAAAUACAUCAUAUGCCAAUGUUCUUCGGAACUGUCAUCUUCGCCCUGGAAGGUAUCGGCGUAGUCAUGCCACUGGAAAAUAACAUGAAAACUCCACAGAACUUCAUCGGAUGCCCCGGCGUUUUGAACACUGGCAUGGCAAUUGUUGUUGGACUAUACGCCAGCGUUGGUUUCCUUGGGUAUCUCAAAUACGGGGAUGAAACUAAGGGCAGCAUAACACUGAACUUGCCAGUGGAGGAUGUUCUUGCUCAAGCUGUAAAGAUAAUGAUCGCGGUCGCAAUUUUUCUCACUUACACACUACAGUUCUAUGUGCCGAUGGAAAUCAUCUGGAAGAACGUGAAGCACAACUUCAAUCAGCAUGCUGAGGCCGCAGAGUAUAGCAUCCGAAUUGGACUUGUGACACUUACCGUGGUAAUCGCCGCUGCUCUCCCCAACAUUGGGCCGUUUGUGACGUUGAUCGGAGCCGUCUGUCUCAGCACCCUCGGUAUGAUGUUCCCAGCCGUAAUCGAACUGGUAACCUAUUAUGAGAAGCCAGGCUACGGCCGCUUUAACUGGAUCCUGUGGAAGAACAUUGGGCUUAUCUUUUUCGGCGUGAUUGGUUUUGUUACCGGUACCUACGUCAGUAUCGAAGAAUUCUCCCAGCACCUGGAAGAAGUUUAAGUAAGAUUCAUUAGCCUCCCCCACAAUGCAUUGGGCAUACUUCCGGUCGAGUAGAUUAGUAGCAUGUAGUACGAGAUCCGCGUCUUGUGCUCACCACGAAGUAUGCACAUCAGGUCGGAAGUGCACGUGAUGGUGUCCCGAAUCUCCUCCAGUAGCUGUAGCAGCACCACGCGAGACAGGCUUGAGUCACUGCCGCGGUCGCUACCCUGACGACCCACGGUUACCACUCGCUAUUUUCAGCCAGUUUCGCCGUCGGAGUUCGGGGGUAUCAAAACGCACGUGUCACUUCUAUUCUGUUUUGUUUCCGAUAUCGGAAACGUUUGCGUAUAUUUUUCAUCCUAUGAUAUAGAACAAAGCGUUAAAUUCGUUGAAAGGCACUUCGAAUAUGAUUCGGAUGAUUUCAUCAUAUCAAAAAAUUUCCUAUUACACUAUUUUUAGACCUUAUGAAGGAGUUUCAUUAGACUUAAUGGCUUUAAUGGACUAGAGUAUUAAGCAGUAGAAACGAAACCAUUGUGAUUUUGAGCCUGUUUCUGAUUGUUUUACCUGCAGUUGUUGUGGGCACUGAUUUGUUCAAUUAUUAAUUAUAAUAAGAAAUAAAUAUUAGUAAACAAACAUUAUUAGACGACAAAAAUGAAAUCAAUAUGAUUGCUCUGCAGUGAUCAUACGCUCAUCGAUCAAAAUUUCUUCAAAUGCUCGAGGCUUUGUUCAAUGCAAAACUAAAAUAUGUAUGGUAGAAAAUGUCCAACUAAGCUAUUUCAAUACUUACAGUAUCUUUUGCACACAGCCACUGAAAGAGGUAUUUAGAAAAUCCAUGUGCGAAUCUUCACCACGAAACAAUGCUCGAUAACAUCGAAAUCGAUAGGAAUUAUACGCGUCACCGUCUUCCAAGUAUGUUGAACAUAAAACUACGGGAGCCAUAAAAUCUCGAACGUGAACAACAAAUGUUCCUAAUAACUUUUAAUUUCAUCUUAAAUUUAGCUAACUUUGUCGUGAACAUCAUGUUGCGCUGUAGACAGAAAAUAACACAGAAAUACCAUGUUUUGCGAUUGUAAACAACGACAAAUAAAACAACGAGACAGACAAUAUCUAAAAUAUUAAUCAUAAGUUAAGCUCACUGUUGAGAAGGUAAUCUAAAUGUUGUAAUUUUUGCAAAAAGUGAUUGAAUAAAUACAGUUGAAUAAUCUAUAAAA